GUGUGACAAACUAGAAGCUGGAUGUCUUGCACUGUAAGUGCCAGGCUGUGCUUUGUCUGUUUAUCUCUCUCUGUGACGGGCUUCUUUAAUUCCUCUACUGUAAUUCCAUUACAUCACACCGUAUUAUUUCUCAGAUGUAACCAUGAUGUCCAUGGCAUUAUUAUCAGAGACAGUACAUAGCAAAGGCAGGUAGUCAAAGCAAACACUCAGCUCUCCUAGGAGGAUUCAUCAUGUCAGGUUCACCUGAGAUUGAGGAACUACCAGCAACACAAACAGGGCCCAAAGGUGUGAUCCAUGACUGGAGAAAGUUCAAACUUGAGAGUGAGGACCAUGAAAGCGUCCCUUCCAACAAGAGAGAGCUCCUCAGACAGAUGUCCAACCCCAAAUCCAGUAAAGACGACACCCAGGAAAAAGUCUUGCACAAGAUGAGCGUUCAGGAGUACGAAAUGAUCCAAGAAGAGGAUGAAAGGUGUCUGCGUAAGUAUCGUAGGCAGUGCAUGCAGGAGAUGCACGAGCACCUGAGUUUUGGGCCUAAAUUCGAUGUGGUGUUUGAGUUGGAUAGUGGGGAGGCCUUCUUGGAUGUCAUCGAGAAAGAGCACCGCCUAACUCUAGUGGUUGUGCACAUCUAUGAUGAUGGGAUCAGAGGAUGUGACGCUCUUAACAACUGCUUGACUUGCCUGGCAGCAGAGUACUCUACCGUCAAAUUCUGCCGAAUCCGAGCGUCUGCCACAGGGGCAGGUGAGCGUUUUUCAGACGACGUUCUGCCCGCUCUGCUGGUGUACAAGGCCGGAGAGCUGCUGGGCAACUUCAUGUCUAUCACAAAGCACCUGAAUGAGGAGUUCUUCGCCCUGGAUGUGGAGAACUUCCUAAAUGAGUACGGACUGCUGCCAGAGAAAGAGCUUGCAGCUGGCCCCGAGGAGGACGAGAAUGCUGACGUGGAAUGAUCGAGGAAAUUCAACGGGUGGAAAUGAAUUACAUUAGUCAACCUAGUUUCAGAGAUAGAUCUGAGUAGUAAUGAUGCUGUGACUACUGGGCCGUGGUGACUCCAACAAACACACACACACCUGUAGCACGUGAUUUACAGUGCUUAAAUACGUCAUAGUGUUGUCGAAGGCAUACAUUCAUGAUCAUUUCAUUUGCCAGCGUUCCCACAAUUUUUGACGAAUGAGUUUCCAUUCAUUUCUAUGACCUUUAUAGUAAUUUGUGAUGACUUGAUAAGGAUUUUUUUCAAACCAUUCAAUUUAAGAUUAACUCCUUAAUCAUUAUGACUGAUUUAUGAAGCAGUUCGGCUGAUUUGCAGUGAAAAGGAAAAGACUUACAAGGAUUAUUUUUCAGAUCCACAGAGAAAUUCUCCUCUGUAUC